AAUACAUGCACUUCCGUAACUUAGAGAAAGACACCCACAAUGCUUCGGUCAACACCAUCAAUUUCCAGUAAAAUAUCACAGCUCAUUCCAAGCACCGCACCCAUUCGAACUUUUGAAGAUCAUGAGGACGAAGUAAGGGCAGUCGCAGUGUUUCCCGAUAAACGACGAAUGAUUACGGGCUCGGCGGACAAGACACUUCAUCUUUGGGACUUGGAGACAGGUGUUGUGUUGAAGAAGAUGGAAGGGCAUAGUAUUAAGGUGCAGGCAUUGGCGGUGUCACGAAAUGGUCAAAUAAUAGCAAGCGGUGAUAUUGCUGGAGAAGUCAUCGCCUGGCAUGGAGAAACUGGCGAAUCCAUCACCCAACCCAUCAAAGCCCACUCCAAUUGGAUCAACUCGGUGGAUUUUUCACCGGAUGAAAUGGUGCUGGCCACUGGUUCAUGGGACUACACGGUCAAGUUUUGGAGUACCAAAACGUGGCAGAUGCAAGGAGAUCCAAUCGAGUGUGGCAGUUUGGUCUACUGCGUUCGAUAUUCGCCUUCUGGUGAACUUCUUGCCAUCGCAACAGGCUCAGGUAUCCAAAUUUAUAAUCCAGGCACAAGGGAACAAGUCGCAUCUUUGACAGGUUGGAGCCUGUCACUUGCAUGGACGCCCGAUGGUACACGCCUUCUUUCAGGAGGCAGAAAUUCCAUAUUUGAGUGGGACACAUCAACCCGGCAGCAGGUUGGUCAUCGCUGUAAAGGCCAUACUGAUCAGAUCAAUGACAUUGCCAUUCAUCCCGCUGGCACCCUCGUCGCUUCUGCAACUCAAGACAAGCAUGUCCAUCUCUGGCGGCUCUCAGAUCAACGAACCAUCGCCGUCUUCCAGCAUUCAUUCCGUACGAAUUGUGUCACGUUCUCUGUGGACGGCAAGCACAUCCUCAGCGGAGGUUCUGAUAAAAAGAUCUCAGAGUGGGCAAUACCAAAGGACGCUCAUUCAAAGAUCCUUGACAUCACAACAGCCCGUGAUGCAUGUCUAACUGGGGACUUGUCUAUUGCUGAAGAGCUCCUCACCCAAGAUGUCCACACCAACGUCGACGACUUUAUUUUAUAUGCCAAUCGUUCAUUCGUCAUGGCUCGGAAGCACGACUGGGACCAUGCUCUUGAUGAUGGAAUCGAGUCCGUCAACAUUCGGCCAUCAUUGGUAGGCUUCAUCACUAAAGGCAUCGCCCUCUGCGGAAAAGGCCACGUCCAGGAAGCAAGGAUAGCAUUCAAUGUCGCAUCCAUGUUUACCAACCAAAAUUCACAAACCAACCAAUUUCUUCUCCUGAUCAGGGUACAUUCAAUUCAUCUCCCAUGCUAUCUGCUUCAUCUGGUAUUCCAGGCCAUCGCACUCUUUAACGCAGAUCAACACGAGGAAGCAAUGCUGCUCAUCAAAGACCUGGCUGCCGCUUGUCCCAAUGUUGAUCCUCUCGCAUAUCGUGUCGUGGAAACAUAUCUGCGUGUUCAGCUCGGAAUCAAAGCUUUCGAUGGCGCGCGUCACGACGAAGCUGCUGAUCACUUCACCACCGCUGUCGAUUCAGGCGCAUUCUCAUCAAAAUUCAUGCCUCAAAUCUACGAGGACUUGACUAUGCUCUUCGGCUGGGAUCUCGAGUCCUUGUUGCUAACUACACACCAAAAACGGUGUCAGGCACUCCUUUCGGCAGGUAAAGUCGACGAGGCCCUCGAAGCACACAAAUACAUGAUGAACGCCAUUGACGACAUUACGAAGGCCAGCUGUCUCGAGUGGUCCAACGAGUUCAAGGAGAAAUGCAGCACGCUCGCUGCGGACAACGACCGUAUUCUUGGCGCAGAGAUCCCCGGUCAAGAUCACGAUGGAUAUGAUGCAGAUCCCAAUUUUUUCUAUGGAAUGCAUGAACAUUCUCAGAUUUCCAGGCCAAGACUUCAACAGCGCCCUGGGCGCCUCAAAAGACUUGGGCUCGCUAUGACGAGGAGGCCUGAGGCAGCUCCUGCACCUGCAACUGCAACUGCACCACCCACCACCUCACCACCAGUCGCUGUCACCACCACCAUCAAAACUCAUUUACGACACCUAUUCUCCUGGUCACCCCAUCAUGCAACGCCGCCCGUUGUCGAUGUUUCAUUCAGGAAGGCUAAAGAGGUGGAUCAGGUCGAUUCUUAUCAGCGUAUCCCGGUUUUCUGAUGCGAAGAUUCACAGCGUAAUAUUGCUGCGGGUGCUCCUGGCCCAGACCCGGACAUCGUACCUGAUGAAUAUUUCGAUACUAUCGAACCAGACCCUAAUACGCAACAGCAACAGCAACAGCAACCGCACCAGAAAGCAGUAGCAGU